AUGUGGAUGAGAAACACGGCAGAUUCGUGUAUGCUAAUUGCCACUAUCAUGCUUACCGUCGUCUUCACAGCCGCCUUCACUGUGCCGGGAGGAAACAACAAGGACGGCUUGCCAGCACUACUCCACAAGAGUUGGUUCACAUGUUUCGUUAUUUUUGAAGCGUUGGCUUUGUUUGGGUCGACGCUUUCUAUCAUAGUGUUCUGGUCGAUCAUGACAUCGAGCUUCGAAGAAAGCCAAUUCUUGAAUACAUUACCUACGCAGAUGAAAGUCGGACUAAUUGGGUUGUUGAUAUCUCUUGUUGGCUCCAUCUCGACAUUCAUGUCAGCAUAUUUCUUGAUGUUUGUUUCUGUGAGAGGGUGGCUUGUUAAGUUGGUUAUCAUUGAUGUUUAUGUGACGGUUCUUCUAGCGAUUGGGAUCGAGAUUGUCAAGUUGUUGCUCAACACAAACCUUCAGCGGUUUCUCUCUGAGUUGGUGCCCCGUGCCACACCAGAGAACCUGGUAAGACCGGUGCUACGGAUGAAGCACUGA